UCAUCAUCAAUCUCUCUCUCUCUCUUGCUUUACUUUCACCAUGAAAUUUACUUAGAACCAGAAAAAGAAAUACAAAAUUAAGAAAAUUUUCGAAUAUUUUGAAACCUUUGAGCUCUGAGUCCGGCUCAUUUCAGCAAUGGUUUCGCUGGAGGAUUCACAUACCGGUUCGAAUCGGUUCCCGUUGGGCCGGAACUACUAUACGACGUCGUCUGUUUCGUCGUCCAAAAUUCACAGACAUAGCGGUCGCUCUAUGCGAACCAUACGCUCCAGCAUCUUCCAGGACGACAACAAUAGCUGCUCCUUCGCCGGUUCGGCCCCCAGGGUUUCCGGUUGCGUGUCGGAGAACUUAACCGAUUCGGUUGUCGACAUGAGGCUCGGCGAGCUAGCCACUCGCGCCAACAAAGCCGCUGUCUCUUCUUCGCCCACCGACGACUUUCUCGACCUUUCGCAGGCCUUCAGUGAUUUCUCAGCCUGCAGCAGCGACAUCUCCGGCGAGUUGCAGAGGCUCGCCUGCUUGCCGUCAGCGGAAAACGCGCCUAAGAACGAGUCCGAUGAGAACACGCCUGAACCCGAACCCUGCAUGGGGUUUCUGCAAAGAGAGACCUUCUCGACGGAGAUAAUCGAGAGCAUAUCGCCUGAAGAUCUCCAACCGACGGUCAAGAUCUGUGUCGACAGUCUCCAAUCACCAUCUGUUGCGGUGAAGCGAUCCGCUGCGGCGAAGCUCAGACUGUUAGCGAAGAACCGGGCCGAUAACCGUGUUCUGAUUGGGGAGUCCGGUGCGGUCCCUUCUCUGAUUCCUCUGCUCCGUUGCAGCGAUCCCUGGACGCAAGAGCACGCCGUAACUGCCCUAUUGAAUCUCUCUCUCCACGAGGUGAACAAGGUUCUGAUUACAAAUGCCGGAGCGAUAAAGUCGCUGGUCUAUGUCCUCAAGACCGGCACUGAGACUUCGAAGCAGAACGCGGCCUGUGCGCUUCUCAGCCUGGCUUUAGUGGAGGAAAACAAGAGCUCCAUUGGAGCUUGCGGAGCUAUUCCGCCUUUGGUUUCUUUACUGCUGAAUGGAUCCACUAGGGGUAAGAAAGACGCUUUGACAACUCUUUACAAGCUCUGCUCCAUAAAUCCGAACAAGGAGAGGGCAGUGAGUGCUGGUGCAGUGAAGCCCCUUGUGACUUUGGUUGCAGAGCAAGGGACGGGGCUGGCAGAGAAGGCAAUGGUGAUUCUGAGCAGCUUGGCUGCUAUCGAGGAAGGUAAAGAUGCGAUUGUAGAAGAAGGUGGGAUUGCGGCUCUUGUGGAAGCCAUUGAAGAUGGGUCUGUGAAAGGGAAAGAGUUCGCGGUGUUGACGCUGCUUCAGCUUUGUGCUGAUAGUGUGAGGAACAGAGGAUUGCUGGUUAGGGAAGGUGGUAUUCCUCCUUUGGUUGCUCUUUCUCAGACUGGUAGUGUUCGAGCCAAGCACAAGGCUGAGACCCUUCUUGGGUACUUGAGAGAAUCCAGACAAGAAGCAUCGUCAUCAAGUCCGUGAAAGAGAAGAGAGAGGUAAAACGUUACCAUUUAGAUGAGGAAAAACUAUACUAUGUAGUUGGUUGUGAUGUAUAUAAGGAGUGCUUCAGUGGUUUGUACAGUGUCGUUGAGAGAGAAACUAGGAAGGAUGAUUGUAGAAUGGGAUUAAAAACUAGAGGAAUUGCUAGUGAGUAUUUAUAAAAAAAAAAAAAAAAAAGAAAAAAAAAAGAAGCUGACUUCUAGAUGUAUUGAUUUUUAAUUAGGUUUUGGGUAUUAUUUUUUUCCUUUUUCCAUUGACUUUUGUUGUCAAUUUUCCUUUUUCCUAGAGCUGGAAUACCUGUUUGCCUUGUGGGUUUUUGGGUUGAUGGAAAUUUGGGUUCUUGUGUUUUGUUUCGGGUGACCCAAAUUUUUUGUUGGAAGGUUUACCGAUCAUCUGGUUAUUACACAUUGAUGAUUAAUAUAUGUAUAUUAGAUAGGGUGUGAAUUGUUUGGAA